UCAGUGGAUCGCGAUUCCGAUCCGGUGGUAGAUUCUGCGAAGCUCUCUUGCUAGGGCUAGUGUUAGCAAAUUCUCUCAGGUUCAACCCACGAGCACAUCUACCCGUUCACGGAUGCUGAAAUAGCCACACAGAGUAACUUCGCCGCGCGGCGUCACCCGCGGUACGACGGAACAUAGCAUCCCGGGACUCAGCUAUCAAUACUAAAAUUUAAUGUUUCCGAAGCAAAGCGAGGGCGGAUCGCUAGUCAAUACAAUAACACAAUCUCACGUUCGGAUGUGUCUGUAUAUCAAAUAAUAAGAACAAAAAGGAUGGGAUAACUAUAGUAAUGGAAAAUAAGCCGCUCGUGGCCGCCAGUCUGGUGGCUUUAUUGGCCCUCGCUUACGCGGAAGAAGCCAAAAAAGCAGAAAAGGAAGUGGCAGUGACCGAUAAGGAACCGGCGGCUGACGACAAGAAACACGAAAAGAGAGGGCUCUUGGACAUCGGCUGGCACGGCGGCUUCGAUGGUGGUUAUGGAGGCGGUGGUUAUGGAGGCGGCGGUCAUUAUGGCGGGCACGAGGAGGUCCACAAAACCGUAACUGUCGUUAAGAAAGUUCCCGUUCCCUACCCCGUCGAAAAGCACAUCCCCUACCCGGUAGAAAAGAAAAUCCCCUACCCCGUGAAAGUGCACGUUCCCCAACCCUACCCCGUUGUCAAACAUGUCCCUUACCCAGUUAAAGAGAUUGUCAAGGUACCAGUUCACGUACCGCAACCCUACCCAGUCGAAAAGAAGGUGCCUUACCCAGUACAUGUCCCAGUCGACAGACCCGUCCCCGUCAAGGUAUAUGUGCCAGAACCUUACCCCGUUGAAAAGAAAGUUCAUGUUCCAGUCGAAGUGCACGUGCCCGCUCCUUACCCAGUAGAGAAAAAAGUACCUUACCCCGUAAAGGUUCCCGUACAUGUGCCUGCUCCUUACCCCGUAUACAAAGAGGUACAAGUACCAGUAAAGGUCCAUGUGGACAGACCCUACCCCGUGCAUAUUCCCAAACCAGUGCCUUACCCCGUCGAGAAGCCCGUCCCAUACCCGGUAGAAAAACCAGUGCCCUACCCCGUUAAAGUACACGUUGACCGCCCAGUGCCCGUCCAUGUCGAGAAGCCAGUUCCGUACCCCGUCAAGGUACCAGUGCCCGCCCCUUACCCCGUCGAGAAGCACAUCCCGUACCCAGUAGAAAAGGCCGUGCCGUUCCCAGUUAACAUCCCCGUCGACAGGCCAUACCCAGUCCACAUCGAGAAGCACGUGCCUGUGCACAUUGAGAAGCCCGUACCGUACCCAGUUAAGGUACCGGUACCAAUCGUCGUCAGCCACGAACAUGGUCACGAACACGGUCACGACUUCGGUCAUCAUGGAGGCUAUUAAGGCUGCAGGAAGCAGACAUCUGAUUGUGAUAUAUAAAUAUAAGCUUAGCACAUAAAAGACGAGGCGUGUGUCACUAAUAGGAUAGUGGUCGGAUUCCAGAUCCUAACGUAUUCCACGUCCUUAGAUCGAACGCACUGACUUAAUACUCUAAGUCUAUGUAUUUUUAAUAUUUUUUUUGUUGUGAUUUUUUUUUUUAAUUAAUUACGUUUGAGUUGAUGUACCUGUUAUGGUUAAGUUACGAAAAGCUGUCUCCAAUUUUUAUUAGUAAUUCGAAAUGAGUAUUAGUUGCUCGUGAAAUAAAAGUUUUUUUUUCGAAUAAUAAACAAA